AUGGAUCAUCUAGAUCCAUCUUUCGAAGACGAAAUAACUUCUUUAUUGUUGGCUUUGGAUCAGUCAGACGAUGAGGGAGAUAUUGAAAAUUGCUUGGUAUCUGAGGCGGACCCGACAAACUGUCAUGAUAGUGAUUCAGGUGAAGAGGUCAACGACCUUGAAGAUGCAGUCGAUAGUGACAAUUCAGACGCGCCACUUUCUGAAUUACGCACGAACUAUUAUUAUGGGAAAAAUCGUUAUAAGUGGACAAAGACGCCACCGUCAACAAGAGUACGUAUAUCUCAACACAAUAUUAUAUCAGUUCGUACAUCUUCUUCGAACUUGUCAGCCGACUGUGAGAAAGAUCCAUUCAGUAUAUGGAACAAGUUAUUCGACGAUGAAAUGCUCCAUCAAAUUUUGACCUGGACUAAUGCAAAAAUUUAUAUCUACAAAACUAAGUUCGCGCGUAGCAAUCGACCUGAACUGAACGAUUUGGACUUAGUUGAGCUGAAAGCGUUUAUUGGUCUACUAUUUUAUUCUGCUGUUUUGAAGUCGAACCACGAAGACACAAGUUACUUAUUCGCAUUAGAUGGUACAGGCUGUGAGAUAUUCAGGUGUACAAUGUCGGAAACCAGAUUUCUUAUAUUGUUACUGUGCCUUCGUUUCGAUGAUCCUAAUGAACGUGAUGAGAAGAAAAAGACUGACAAGUUAGCUGCUAUAUCCCCCAUUUUCAACAAGUUCGUAAGUAAUUCGCAACAGUUGUACGAACUAAGUGAAUGUGUAACUGUGGACGAAAUGCUAGUCAAGUUUCGUGGAAGAAGUCACCUAAUAUCAUACAUGCCUAAAAAACCAGGUAAAUAUGGUCUAGUGAUACGAGCAUUAUGCGACGCUAAGAACUUUUAUUUUUAUAAUGGCUAUGUAUAUUCUGGAAAAGACUCCGAUGGUAUUGGGUUGACAGUAGAAGAAAAGAAAUUCCUAGUCCCCACACAGUGCGUCUUACGUCUAACGAAACCAAUCCAAAGAAGUAACCGCAACGUCACAGCUGAUAAUUGGUUUUCAUCUAUUGAACUCGUAGAUGAAUUAGCAAAACGAAAGUUGACGUAUGUAGGGACAGUAAAAAAAAUAAAAGAGAGAUACCUAUCCAAUUUCAGCCAAAUAAGCGUCGAGAAGUAG